CCAAAGGGGGGGAGGGAAGAGGAAUAAGACAAACGUACGGUUUUUCAGCGAUAGCAUCAAACUCGUCAAAACCCCCCGCGUCCUUCGGGAAAAACAGCUGUGCGACUAUGAGCACCACGGGGCGUCAUGCCACUAACCCGCACAAUGUGAAGGAGAUAGACAGCGUGAAGGAGUCCAUCAGUGACAUUAUCAACCAGCUUCAGGACAUUGACCCGGCCCGGCUCUCCUUCUCGCCAUUCCUGGACCUGGACACCCAGAUCUCCCUGGCCCCGGUGUCUGACAGCCCUGAGUCGUCCGUGGAGGAGCUCCGCUCUCCGUCCCGCUCCGUCACCGGUUCCCAGCGCUCCCUAGAACUGAUACCAGCAGCAGACCAGCAAAAGACCCCAGAUUCCUGCAACAAGCACCCUGGUGACAGCCUCAUGGAGAAGCGAGGAGCACACCGGCAGGAAGAGGGAGUGUUGGAUGAAAGUGUUUCCACUCCAGCCGUCCAGGCGCACGCUUUGGAAGACGCCAUGGAAAACAGCAUCGGCAUUCCAAACCCGGCCCCUCUGGGUGACGUUCCCAAUGGCACAGACACAGCAGGAUGGAGUCCAGAAUCCACCCAUCUAGACUGCACCAGCGACGAGGGACGCCUGUUGAUAGGACCACCCCCAGAGAGCGUGGAGUUGACCGUGUGGCAUUCAGAGGGCCGGGGAGACACUUGCCGGGCCGAGGCCGGGGCAUCAGACACAGAAAGGUGCUGCUGCCGCUGCAGAUGCUGCCUGAGCGGUCGUGUCCCCGCUCUGUGCUCGGCGCUGGCCUCCCUGCUAUGUGCGGCAGGGAUUCUCUAUACACUCUAUUUCUACAUCCCCAUCAAACCACCGGACUGCCCUGAUGUGGGUAGCCGCAUCGCUUUCUCACUGUGCUGUUGUGUUGUUGCAGCCGUCCCCAUCCUUCUCGCGAUGCUUUCGGGUGCAGUGUGCCAGUUCUGCACUGGCUCCCUGAAUCCAGUGGAACCGUUUCCCAGAAGACGAGCCAUUCAGCAGCUGUUUGUCUCGGCGUCCUUGGAGCAGUUCCUCCUCUAUGCUCUCAACCUCGUUGUGAUGGCCACUUUACUGCCUCAAGAUGAGCUGAAGUUGGUGCCCAUGCUGGUUGCAUUAUUCAUCUUAGGAAGACUUGUCUACUGGAUCAGCCUCCAUACGUGCAGCUCCUGGCGUGGCCUCGGUUCGGGGCUGACCAUGUUCCCACUCAUAACCAUGGUGGCUCUCAAUCUGUUCUGCAUGUACAACCUGGGCCUCAAACAACCACUUUUUGGCAGACAGGAUGCACUCUAUAAUCAGGCCACCCCCUCAUAUUCAAUGGAGAUGUCCCAGAGCCCAAGUGGCAAAUCGGAUAAUGUCCUACCCACAGAUAUCCUGGACGCUCAGUGAGGAGAAGGGAGCUGCUCUUUAUUCUUUCAGAUGAGGAGAUCUUUCCAGAAAUAGGCCAUUCCUGUGGUCUGCAGUUGAGCACAGCUACAGAGACUGCCACUAACCUCCAAGCCUGUCAUGGCUUAGCUUGUAUUUUUGCUCCUCGUAACAGGACGUCUGUUUUUAUGUGGAAUCAUGCUUAUUAUCUGAAAUGCAAGAGCUUUUUCUUUUGCUCGUGGUGAGGAUGCCUUUGAACAAUGUUCUAGUCUUAAACAUUUCCCCUUUUAAGCUAUUCCAGUGCCUAUAUUUAAUGUUUUGAACUCCUGAAGUACUUAAAAGCUCUGUUAUAUAUGGGUGAUUUUGGUUUGAUCUCAAAAACCACUAGCAAGCAACUUGUUCUCCAAGAAAAAAAAAUUUUUUUUUAAUGUCCAGAAGUUUGUAAAUGAUGAAGGAAGAAUAAAAAAAAAAAUUAAAAAAAACAA